GUAAAACAGAGCGGACGUCUGUAAAGUUUAAUAUUAAAUCAGGAAGUCAGUGAGUUAGUAAAAUGAGUCGGAGCACGGAAACGGAAAUGAAGGCGAAGAUGGACAAGAAAAAGUUUGAAACGUCCAUCAGUGAGCUGAAAACCAGGACGUUUGUGACCCCUGCCGACAUGGCGCAUUAUGAUGACGGGGCAGUCACAGAAGAUUACCUAAAGGCGUACGCACACUCCUUGGAGCACCCCGAAAGCUUUUGGGCAGACAUUGGUAAAGAAUUGGAAUGGACCCGACCAUGGGACAAAGUUAUUGACGCAAGCAACCCGCCUUUUACAAAAUGGUGGCUUGGAGGGGAGAUGUCCGUGUGCCACAACGCGGUGGACCGCCACGUGGCGAGUGGUCACGGCGGCCAGGUCGCCCUGGUGUACGAUUCACCUCUCACCGACACUGUGCAGAGGAUAACGUACUCUGAAUUACAGAAUCAGGUAUCAAGGCUGGCGGGUAAGUUGUCUGCAUUGGGCGUUGGUCGAGGCUCGCGCGUGGUCAUCUACAUGCCGUUGGUGCCGCAGGCGGUGGUCGCCAUGCUGGCCACCAACAGGAUCGGAGCUAUACAUUCCGUUGUAUUUGGAGGAUUUGCUGCAAGAGAACUAAGAACUAGAAUCGAACACGCUGAACCAACCGUCAUUAUUGCGGCGAGCUGUGGCGUGGAACCAAAUAAAAUAGUCAGGUAUAAAGACAUUCUAGACGAGGCUCUCUGUCAGAGCUCACACCAGCCCGUCAAGUGUAUAAUAUACCAGCGGAGGCGCGUGCUUGAGUGCAGCCUGGUCAAGGCCAGAGACAUAUGCUGGGAUGAGGCGAUGCAGGCCGAUCCGGUCCCGUGCGUGUCUACUGAGGCUAACGAUCCGAUGUACAUUCUUUACACAUCUGGUACAACGGAUGAUCCAAAAGGCAUACAACGUCCAUGCAGCCAUGCAGCUACGCUAUGUUGGACAAUGCAUACUGUUUAUGGGUUAAAAAGGGGUGUUUGGUGGGCAGCAUCAGAUCUUGGCUGGGUGGUUGGUCAUUCGUAUAUAUGCUACGGACCAUUACUGGCUGGUCUAACAACUGUGCUGUAUGAAGGAAAACCAGAUAGAACUCCGGAUCCUGGGCAGUACUUCAGGAUCAUUGAGCAACAUCGCGUAAACGCACUGUUCACGAUUCCAACUGCGUUGCGCGUUCUGAAAAGGGCUGAUCCUACGGGAAAGUAUGCUAGAAGAUAUUGCGGAAAAUCCCUAAAAACUAUUUUUAUCGCUGGCGAACAUUGUGACCAAGAAUCAAGGCACUGGGGUGAAAAGAUAUUCGGCGUCCCAGUAUUAAACCACUGGUGGCAGACGGAGACCGGUUCACCGAUUUGCUCGGCCUUUCUUGGAUACGGUGUGAAGGGUGUAAGACCUCACUCAACUGGGUACCCUGUUCCUGGAUACGAUUUAAGAGCUUUGAGGGAGGAUGGGUCUGAAUGCCAUUCAGGAGAAGUAGGGCGUCUGGUGGCCAAACUGCCCUUGCCACCCGGCUUUGCUUCUACAUUGUGGCAAUCGGAUGAAAGAUUCAAGAAAGUAUAUUUUGAUACAUAUCCGGGCUUCUACGACACACAAGAUGUAGGAUGGAUUAGCGCUGAAAACGCAGUGUGGGUGGUAGCUAGAGCGGAUGACGUCAUCAACGUAGCUGGCCACCGUCUGUCGACAGCUGCCAUUGAGGAUGUUGUACUUAAACAUGCCAGAGUAGCUGAUGCUGUUGUGGUCGGAGCUCCGGACCCAACGAAGGGAGACGUGCCCUUAUGUCUGUAUGUGAUGCGACCUCCCCAGGAUGAUGAAGAAAUCGUAGCCGAAAGUACAGUAACGCAAGAAUUGAUUGCACUGGUCCGACAUCUGAUUGGUCCCAUUGCAGCAUUCAGAAAAGCGGUUGCAGUGCCUGCUUUGCCGCGUACACGUUCAGGAAAAACAUUACGUAAAGCCAUUUCCAAUAUGGCGCGUAGUCAACGCGUUAAACUACCAGCAACUAUAGAAGACCCUAGUGUGUUUGGCGAAAUAAAGAUUGCUUUACAAAAAUUUGGCUAUGCUGUUGAUGCACCUGAUCCGGAAAUGUAAUUAUUUAAGUUGAUAUCCCAGUGUAAUCCUAUAUUUCCAACAGUGUUUAAAUGAGGUAAUAAACCCCCGUGGUAACCACUUCCCGUGAAUAUUUUUUUCCAGACGUGUCUUUGCUCGUGGUAGAGCCCGGAAAUUUUCAUUUUAAUUUAAUUAGAUCUUUUUUUAACAAUAUUACUCGAUAAUUUUAUACAGGAGAAAGGAAUAUAAAGCUUGUUGAUGUCUUUCAUCUGAAACUUGUAAGUCUGCACAAUAUUUUUGGAUGUAUGAUAUUUGGUGAAGAUAUUAGGAAGAUCUUCGGAGAUCAAACUUUUGAACGGGCAACAAGUCUCUCGAUAUACAUAAUACUUAAAUGAAAUAGUGUAAGGACAUUUAUAUCUUAUUUAGUAUUACCUACAUUAACUUAUAUGAUAUUGAAACUGUUCUUUUAUUCCUAGAAUUGUUGACUAGAAGUCAUAUUUUGUGUAUAAAUUACUGAUCGGACAAAUAUGAUGUUUAACGAUCGUUAAAAUUAAUUUACACUUAAUUGUGUAGCCGUUAAGUAGAAAAGUAGUAUGGUAAAUUAAAAGUAGUGCUUUAAGUAAA